GUAACUCAUUUUGACUAACCUUUUGUUUUGUUUGUUUUUUUUUAAUCAACGGCAAUUUUUUCCCUUGUGUGUUUUUUCACUGGCCAUGGUUGAUAGUUAAUAAUAAUCAUUGAGGAAAGCAAUUAAAAGUUAGCUUCAAUCACUAGUUGAAUGGAAGAGACAAUGGAUGCAACUAAUUAAUUCACUUGACUUGCCUUACCAUCAUCAGUCUCAUCAUCGCCAUCAGCAUCUUCAAAUCCGGUUUAUCUUCUCAACCAGGAUUCCAUUUACUUCGUGUCAACCUUUAGCUUUGUGUCUCUCAUCAUCUCAUCUUCAUUCUUCUCAUUGCUUGUUAACAUUUGUCUCUGUUUUUUUUUGUCUUCCUCUUUACUCUUUAAUACAGAUGACCAAAGAUUUGCUGUUUGUUUUCCUGUUAAACCAUUGCCAUCACUUUUACCCUCCUGAAUCAUCUUUAAUCAUAACUUUUUCCCUGAUGCCCAUCAAUCGGUCAUCAUUGAUGAUUUGGGUUAAUGAUUCAACGUGACCUGAAUUAACCUUAGACCACAAGGUUUGGACCAUUAAUCUCGUAGACACCAGUUUAAGGCAACACCAGGCUAGGCCAAGUUAAAAAAUGAUGUUUACAUUGGAGCAAGUAGAGAAAUGGGGAAAGCUCAUCACCAAUGUACCUGGCCCAGGUAGAUGAUGGGCUCUUGUUUGGUGGUCAGAAGGUCAAAGGUGAGAGUAGGAAGACAGCGAAAAGGGAAUUGCUAAUAUACAACUUGGAAAAAAAUGGAAACUCAAAGAAUCUAAAGAUUUUACUGAAGAGAAAAGUUUAUUUUUUUUCUUCUAAUUCCCUGAGAUAACUUGAGAUACUGUGAUGAUGCACAACAGGUUAUUUAAAGAUCUCUCUUUCUCUUCAAUUGAACCAUUCAUCAACAUCAUCUUCAUCUUCAUCAACAACAGUAAAAAAAAUUCUUCAUUCAACAGUAGAAAGAGAGAAAAGAGAGAGAGAAAGUAUCUACUAUUAUUACUUGAAACUGUGUUUACUUACUUUCAAAAUCAACUGUCCGCAAUUUGAAUGAUUGAAUAGAUGAUUAGACAUUUGAAAAGAUCAAUAAUUAACCUCAUUAACCUUUUUUGCUAGCCUUACGUUAAACUGUAUACACUUGAAAAGGUUUCCAGUAAUUAUUUAAAAUGUUAAGUACGCUUUUAAAGUGAAUUAAAUUUUUGCCCUCCAAUAUAUUGAAUUACAUUCAACUAAAUCAAUUAAUACACCAACAGUUUCUAUUAAUAAGGUUUAACCGUUAACAUACGUAUUAAUACAAGCGCAAGCAAAAAAAAUUGCUUUAAAUGUAAUGCAAAUUCAGCCUGCAAUACAACCUUUUCAACAAACUCAACUCUUCAAACCUUAAAUAUAUCAAUGUGAUCAUAAUCGUCAUCUUUAUACCUUAAAAUGAUAAUUUGACUUUUCACUUGAUGAUGAUGAUAAUGACGAUGGAAGAGAGAGGCAAAAAAGAAGUCAUUAAUUUUACUUAAAAACGAUAAAUAAAUGAUUUUUGAGAGGACACAAGAAAAAUUAAGCAAAGUAACAAACAAUAAAAUGAAGACAGAGCAAAGCCAUUGAUGAGGAGGACAGAAGAAAAGAAGGGAGAAAAGGUGAGAAGCAGGGAAAGAUGAAGAUAGGGAAGAUGAAGAUUGAGUGAGAAGCAAGUUUCUGUGUUGAGUUAUUGGUUUUACCAGUUCAGUUGUAACUUUCAUCCUGUUCACAUCAAGUUUUGUUUUUAGUUUUGCUUCUUUUUUUUUGCUGUUCAGUUCAAUAACAAGAAUCAUCUAAAGUAUAUCAACUGUGUUAACCAUGUUACCUUGAUUAGUUAAAUUAAUCUUAUUGUUAAACCAAGAAGCGUUGGAUUGUGAGGUAAAAUCAUUUUUCGUUAUCAAGUCAACCCUUGUUAUGACAUCAAAAUCUCCCAAAAUUUGGGAGACUUCUAAUCUUAUUGUUGACCAUUAUUCGAGCUCAAAGGAAAGCCAAUUACAAUCAUCAUCUCUCUAUCAUCAUUACUAUUAUCCUUACUGUUCGGAACCGUCCACAGCAAUUAAUCCAGUGACAAUAAAUAUCAUUGAUAGUGAUAACAACAGUAAAAUUGAUCCUGACAAUUCGCUACCUUGUUUACAAUUGUCUUCAAUUAUGACUGGAAGUAACAAAAUAUCCAUUGAAUCAUUAACUGCCAAUUCAAGUAGUAACAUUAAGAGUCCACUGACAGCCACUUCAAUUGUUAAUAUGAUCAACAACAAUAAUACUGUCAAUAAUAAUCUAAACAAUAAUAAUAUCAACAACAAUAAUGUAAAUGUACAUAAUAAUAAUAGUGUUAAUAGUAUCAAUAGUAUCAACAGUAAUAAUGUUCAUAAUAAUAGUUUCAAUAGAAACCAUUCAAAUUAUACAACAACCAACAAAUUAAUGAUGAAACUAUUACCAUGGUGUAAAUUAAAGAGGAAACAAUUCGUCUUCCGAGAUUCUCUUUCCUGUGAUGAUAUAUCUUCUGUGAUGUUUAGACGGUCAUCUGUUCAACCAAUUUCCGGCUUUUUUACUGAUAAAAACUCUCAUCUUGCAAGUUCAACUUCGCCAACUUCAUCCAAUUCAACUUCAACCAUAACAACAUCCAAUUCCUCUUCCUCUUCAUCCUCUUCAAAUUCAUCCUCCUCCAUGACCAUGGCUCGUCUCUUCACAGGUAAACGUAAUAACAAUAGCAAUAAAUCAUCCUCCGGUGCCAACAAUAUUUUAUCAUACACCUUGACCAACCGGAAACGUUCAAAUGGUAGCAAUAAUAGGAAAGAUAAUAAUAAUUCAAUUAACAAUGGUCAUCCAAUGUCAGCUUAUCCAAUGGUUAGUUUUGUUAACAAGGGUGAAGGUUUAGUUACAGUUGAUUCCACUUUUGACCGAAUUUUAAUGUCCAAUGAAAAUGAACUUUACUCUCUUGGAUCUACAAUCAACAAUAAUCAUCACCAUAUCCACCAACCUUCAUCAACGUCAACCUCGUCUUCGAUCUCAUCCUCUUUCCAUAGUUUUUCAAAUGGAUCUUCUUCCCUUUCCUCGUCCAAAUCAAUGGGAAAUCUUGGCGCUACUUAUGGGCCAAGUUGCUCUCGAAUAAACCAAUCCAAUUGUUCAACCUCAGAUUGUGAUUUACCAAGUGUCUACGGAUCAACGGCCAACCAACAGACUGGUUGGUUUUACGGGCCCAUUUGCCGUGAUAAAGCAAUCGCCAUUCUAGCUCAUCAAUCCAUUGGAUCAUUUCUUGUUCGUGAAUCAACCUCCAAACCAGGUUGCUAUGCUCUCUCCCUGAGAGUACCAAAGCGAUUCCAAGUUACCGGAGUAGCCCAUUAUUUGAUAUUAACCACAUCCACAGGGACUCUUAAAAUCAAGGGUUUCACCAAGGAAUUUUCAAGCUUGUAUUCAUUGAUUGUUCACCAUUCAAUCAUGCAAGAAUUAUUGCCAUGUCCACUUGAUUUAUCUUCAAUUAAACAUCAGCAGCAACAGUAUAACCAAACAAUCAUAAUUAGUCCAACGGAGGCUCAAACCCAAUUAAUGGAGGAUACAACGAUAAAAUCAAAUUCACCAUCAAUGUCAACAUUAAACACAUCCAGUGCAACGGCCUCAUCAUCAGCAGCCAAAACGUCAGUUACAAGUGGAGCGACUUCAGCCUCAUCAACAAUUACUAAUUAUGAUAAUAAUGAAGAUCUUUUGGUUGAUAUAGAUUCGGAUCCCGAUUAUCAAAGAAUCUUAACUCAAUUCCGUAAAACUAUGGAAACCUGUAGAUAGAGAGAAGAGAAAGGAUUAAUAAUAAGAAAUAUUUAACAGUAAAA